AUGGGUUUCACUGAGAAACAAGAAGCUUUAGUUAAUAGCUCAUGGGAAUUAUUUAAACAAAACCCUAGCUAUAGUGUUUUGUUCUACACCAUUAUAUUGAAAAAAGCACCGGCAGCAAAGGGAAUGUUCUCAUUUCUUAAAGAUUCAGCUGGAGUAGUAGAUAGUCCUAAACUUCAGGCCCAUGCUGAAAAAGUUUUUGGAAUGGUGCAUGACUCAGCUGUUCAACUUCGAGCAUCAGGAGAAGUAGUUUUAGAAAAUACAACAUUGGGUGCCAUUCACAUUCAAAAGGGAGUUGUUGAUCCUCAUUUUGUGGUGGUUAAAGAAGCUUUGCUAGAAACCAUAAAGGAGGCAUCUGGGGAAAAAUGGAGCGAAGAACUUAGUGCUGCUUGGGAAGUGGCAUAUGAAGGAUUAGCAUCUGCAAUUAAGAAGGCAAUGAGUUAA